ACCCGGAAGCCGUGGUUGUACCAACCCGUUCUUAUUGCCGGCGGCCCUCAGGAGCCCGUAAUGGAGACGCCCCCUAAAGGGCGGGUGGUGGAGGCCACGGCCGAGAAAGUACUGCGCUAUGAGGCCUUCAUCAGUGACGUGCUACAGCGGGACUUGCGGAAGGUGCUGGACCAUCGAGACAAGGUAUAUGAGCAGCUGGCCAAAUACCUUCAACUAAGAAAUGUCAUUGAACGACUCCAGGAAACUAAGCACUCGGAGUUAUUUAUGCAGGUGGAUUUGGGCUGUAACUUCUUCGUUGACACAGUGGUCCCAGAUACUUCACGCAUCUACGUGGCCCUGGGAUAUGGUUUUUUCCUGGAAUUGACACUGGCAGAAGCUCUCAAAUUCAUUGAUCGUAAGAGCUCUCUUCUCACAGAGCUCAGCAACAGCCUCACCAAGGACUCCAUGACUAUCAAGGCCCAUAUUCACAUGUUGCUAGAGGGGCUUAGAGAACUACAAGGCCUGCAGAAUUUCCCAGAGAAGCCUCAUCAUUGACUACUCGCCCCAUCCUCUGACAUUAAAGAGCCUGAAUGCCUUUGA